CUCCGGGCAGCCUAAGGCCGGCCAUGGCCGAGGAAGGCUUGUGCCUCCGCCGCCGCUGGAAGCGCCACAUCGUCCGGCAGCUGCAGCAGCGCGACCGGGCGCAGAAAGCGCGAUUCUGGGAUCUCGUGCAAGCCUAUACCAAGCUGCUGGAGAAAUCCAACUUGGAUGAUCUUUCUAUGCCCUUCCAAAUCCCCUCUGUGGAUCAUCAGAUGGGAGGUCCCCCUGCUUGCAGCCCCAAACAUCCGUCUUCCGCUUGCGUUCCUGACACAGUUUGGGAUUCUUCAACGCUGUUGAUGUGUCUUCAGAAUCGUCACCAAGACAACCUCUUGCAGUUGGAGACCGCCAAUGGGGAGAUGGCAUACAAGGUGUAUGAGUUGAACCAGGUGCUCCAAGCUAAGGAUGCAGCCCUGGGGGACCAGAAGGACAGGCUGGACGCUCUGAGCUGCCACCUGUCGGGGCUGCAGGGCUGGUGCUGCCUACUGCAGAGCCAGGCGCAGGAGCUCCGGUGCAGGAACAGCGCCCAGAAAGCCGAGUACGAUUCCCUGCAGAGGCAUUUCCAGCAGCGGGACGGGGAAUUCCGCCAGGCCCAGGAAAACGGGGAGCGGCUCCUCCAGCAAGUCCUGCGGAAGAAGGCGGACUGGGCCCAGCACGAGAACCAGAGGAUAGAAAGGGAGAAGCAAAAGCAACUGACCAGGGAUCUUCAGGCAGCCACCAGGUCCAUCCUCAAUGUAAAGUUAGACCCAGAAAAAGUGAAAACAGGAGAGAGGAAGUUGGCCGGCAAAGAGGACUCCGAAGAGAAGAAAGGAGGUGAAAAAUUGUGGAAAAGACCCUUCAGGUCAGCAUCUGCCACUUCGCUCAGCACCGCCAGAUACAAGGAGGUGGUCAAGGGCUGGUUUGAUUUCAGGCACAAACGUGGGAACUCGGUCAGUAGCGGGUCAGUGGAUCAGUACUGCAGCUGGCCUUCCUGUGUGGCCGCCUGCCUCCCCUCCGGCGUGGCCGAUGAACAAGUAAGCUAGUUUGUUCCGACAUCCGUCCAUCGGCCCCUGCGCUCACCGCUUUUGCUAUCCUGGCUUAAUUUGGGCUUUCGUGCUCCAAGGCUCCGGAGAGAAUAAGGUACUCCUCGACUUACGGCCACCACUUGAG